CUACCACCCCCUCUCUCUUUCUCUCUCUCUCUCUCUCUGGUAACUGUUUCUGCCGCAAAACCCAGCAACGAAGUGUAUCCCUCUCUCUCCGCCCUCUAUUUAUAGAGGAGAAGAAGAAGAAACAAACUACUGCUGCAGAUCUCUCUAUCAAGAACUAACACAUCGAACUGCCGAUCGGACGUCGGGAGAGGAGGAGGGGCCGCCAUGGACGACCUCGAGAAGGCGAUCCUCCUCGUAUACGAGCCCGGCGCCGCUGACCCGACCUUCCGCGCCCAGGCCAUGGCCUUCUGCGACCAUGCCAAGGCCGACCUCUCCGCCCUCCUUCGCCUCUGUCUCGACCGCCUCCACCGGUCCUCCCUCGUACCCGUCCACUUUUGGUGCCUCCAGGCCCUCCACGACGCUGUUCGCCUCCGAUACUCUUCCAUCCCCCCCGCCGACCUCCCCAUCCUCCGCUCCGCUCUCCUCUCCCUCGCCUCCGACCGCCCCCUCCCCGCCGCCUCCCCUCCCUUCCUCAGGAACAAGCUCGCCCAGACCCUCGCCGCCCUCAUCCGCCUCGAGUACCCUUCGCUGUGGCCCGACCCCUUCCUUCGCAUCCUCCCCUGCCUCCCCUCAGCGGACCCAUCUUCAAUCGACAUGUUCGCCCGCCUCCUAAUCGCCCUAGACGAUGACCUCCUCAGCCUCGACUACCCGCGGUCGUUUGCGGAGGCCGCCGACGCCACGCGGGUUAAGGACGCCAUGCGCCAGCAGUGCGUCCCCCAGAUCGUCCGCCAUUGGUUCGAUGUCGUGUCCCUCUACCAUUCCUCGGACACUUUCCUCGUCGCCGCAGCCCUUGACACCAUGCGGCGGUAUGUCACUUGGAUUGACAUCGCUCUUGUUGCCAAUGAUGCAUUCGUCCCCCUCCUCUUUGAACUCAUUCUCGCACCUGACUCGAUCGAGCAACUGAGAGCUGCCGCCGUAGGCUGUGUUCUCGCCAUCCUCCAGAAGAGGAUGGAUCCACGCCAGAAGGUCGCACUUCUCCGUAGUCUACCAGUAAGCCUGGUGUUUGCUGACCCGAAUUUGGUCAUAAAGGUUCCAUAUUUGGUUACUGGGUAUGCUGCCGAGGUUUUAGAAUGUUGCAAGAAGUUAGGUUUGACAGAUAUAGAUAGUUCAUCUCCGGUGGAACUUCUCGAAGAGGCCUUGCCUUCAGUGUUCUAUGUGAUGCAAGAAAGCGAGGAAGUUGAAUUGGGUAAUGUGGUUGAGUUCCUAUCGGUUUAUGUCACGACCAUGAGAACACCCUCGCAGAAACAAGCAGUGUAUCUUGGUCAUAUCUUAGAAUUUAUUAGAGUGCAGAUAUGCUAUGAUCCUGCCUACAGGAAUAAUCUUGAUAUCCCAGAUAAGAUUGGUAGGGAGGAGGAGGACCAGAUGGGUGAACGCCGGAAGGACCUUCUUGUGCUCUUCUGUAGCAUUUGCCGGCUUGCGCCUGAUGUCACACAGCAUUUCAUCCAAAAUUUAUUAAUUAGGGCCCUGUCCUCUUCGGAAGCUAGCGUGGAGGAGGUAGAAGCCACGUUUACUUUGUUCCACCGGUUAGGCGAGACAGUAAAUGAAGAAGCAAUGAGAACUGGUAGUGGGUUGUUGCGUGAGCUGGUCCAAAUACUCCUUUCGUCACAAUUUCCUUGCCUUUCUCAUCGAAUGGUGGCACUCAUUUACCUGGAGACUGUCAUGAGGUUUAUGAAGUUUGUCCAGGAUAAUCCUCAGUACAUACCUUAUGUGCUGGCUGCAUUCUUGGAUCAGAGAGGUAUACACCAUCCAAAUCUCAAUGUGAGCAGACGGGCUGGUUAUCUUUUCAUGAGAGCUGUCAAGUUAAUGAAAUCUAAGUUCGUGCCAUAUUUGGAUAUGAUUCUGAGAGGACUGCAGGAUACCAUCACUCAAUUCACAACUUCAGAUUGGUGCUCUAAAAAUUUUGAGUGCUCAGGUUCUGAAGAUGGCAGUCAGAUAUUUGAGGCAAUUGGAUUAUUGAUUGGCAUGGAAGAUGUAUCCCCAGAAAAGCAAUCUGACUAUGUGGCAGCAUUUCUCAGACCUCUUUGUCAAAAGCUCAAUGAGGUGCUUUUGGAUUCCAAGGCACAGGGGCUAGAAGAAUCUUCAGGAAAAGUUUUAACCCUACAGCAAAUUAUCAUGGCUUUGAAUGCUUUAAGCAAGGGAUUCAAUGCACGACUUGCCACAAGUAUCUGUCCGGCCAUUGGAAUUAUGUUUAAGCAGGCAUUAAGUGGGGUCUUGGAAAUCCUAACUGCAUUUCCAAACAUUAAGACUUUGCGAAAUAAGAUUACAUCAUUCAUUCAUCGCAUGGUUGAUAUUUUAGGAGGAUCUAUCUUUCCAUGUCUUCCAGUUGUUUUAAAGCAAUUGCUCAUGGAAAGUGAGCCAAAGGAUAUGGUGGAUUUUCUUGUUUUAGUCAAUCAAUUAAUAAGCAAAUUCAGUACUUCUGUAGAGAGCAUACUAGAAGAGAUAUUUCCUGCUGUUGCUAGUAGACUGAUUGUGAUACUUUCAAAGGAUGCCUUUCCUUCAGGCCCUGGAUGCAACACGGAGGAAGUGCGUGAACUUCAAGAACUGCAACGGAUAUUAUAUACUUUUCUUCAUUUGAUGGCCAACCACAAUCUUUCAUCAGUUUUCCUUGCCCCUAAUUGUAGAGGAUACUUGGAUGCACUAAUGCAGUUGCUUUUACUAGCUGCUUGCAGUCACAAAGAUGUACUUCUUAGGAAGUUGUGUGUCCAAAUCUUCAUGAAGCUCAUCAAAGACUGGUGCACCAAUUGUAAUGUUGAUGAUAAGGUUCCUGGAUUCCGCAGCUUUAUAAUUGAGAAGUUUGCAACUGAUUGCUGCUUGUACAGCGUGCUUGAUAAGUCAUUCGAAUUCCACGAUGCAAAUACCUUGCUUCUUUUUGGAGAAAUUGUGCUGGCCCAAAAGGUUAUGUACGAGAAGUUGGGUAGUGACUUCAUUAUCCAUUUUGUGUCUAAAGGGCUCCAAGCAGCUCAUUGCCCACAUGAACUUACAGAACAAUACUAUCAAAAGUUGCAGCAGGCCAAUGAUAUCAAAGCUCUGAAAUCAUUUUAUCAAUUACUUGUUGAGAAUUUGAGACAGCAGCAAAAUGGAAGUCUUGUUUUCAGAUAGCACUACAAUAUUUCAUGGCAUCUUGAACCGGAGUCAACGUGUUAGAUUGGUUAAUAACUUUUUUCUAUAGGAUCUGCUGGUCAAAUGCAGGAAAGUUUUGUUGAUGUACAUUACCAUCGGGAUGUUUCGAAGAUUGAGAAGGUGUAUGUUGCGGGUAUGCUUUCUUCAAGAAGGAAAAAGAGUCCUAUUCUAUUUGUUUAAUUUUGAGAUAAACAAUAAUGUAUGCUGUAAAUUAUUGAGUCAUUAAUAUCUACCCUUUCUUUCGAGUCAAUUUGUUCACACAUUAUUUUCUCGUCUCGUAUCCAUAAAUAUUUGCAUC